GCCCAUAGACGGCAUGAUCUCGCCCGGAUUGAGCGAGUGACCUGCCGUAUCCCCGCCCGGGCAUCGCAGCUCUCCUGACUGCUGACCGCCCACUGCUUACUGCCCAUCCCAAAGUUAGGGUUCCUUUUGCCCCGCCAAGAGGAUGUUUUCCAAGUACCUGAAAGGUGUUGCUAACGUAGGGAGGAGCAAUGGGAACCCCUCGGACUCGAACUCGUCUAUCCAACCAUCGAUCAUCGACCAUCUAGUCAUCUAGUCAUCGCAUGUCUAGUCAAGAGAGCGUGCUCUGUAUAAAGCGAUCAAUCAGUCUAGUCUUCGCAUAGAAAAUUAUCUUUAACUACUCGUAACACCCCAAAAACCCUAAUACUCUAUAUAUUUUUUUUUUUGAGUGCUGUUCUUUUUUUGCUCUAUAAAUAGUUCAAUUCUGGGCUGGAUACUCAUAGCUAUAAUAUAUCGUAACAUACAUAUGCCUAGGUCUAAGCAUUAUAAGCGUUAAUUGUACGUACAACCCUCUCUCUCUCUCUAUAUAUGUAUGGUAUAUAUACUCGUGUAACGUUUGCAAUAAUUAACCAAUUGAAUAUUUAACGAAACGAGAGAGCAGAGAUUACAAAUGAAUUAUACAAUUUAGGACAACUGAUGAUGAUGAUGAAGAACCCCCAUGCAAUGUAAACAGAGAGCAUCACUUUAAACUUAAUUAAAUUACCUAAUUACUAACGAUAACGAACCUAUGCAUAACUAUUGAAUAAACCAAAAAGUGUACGACAAAGUGAGCCUCUAUUGGGGAUGUGACCCAAUGGAGAAAGGAUGAGGAUGAUCAGUAGUUUCGUAACCACUUGGCAGGAUGCGGUGGCUCUCGAUUUGCUGAUUUAUUUGGCCGGCCCAUCGAAGCAGGAAACCCGCUGACGCAACGAUCCGGAAACUGGAAGGUCUCUGUCUCUGUCUGGCCUGAUCCACUGAGUGCUUUUGUCUUGCUGGUUGAAAACCCAGCUUCGAUACGAAAAUUACACGCCGAAAUGUGGGAAAUAAUGGGAGGGAGGAGUGGACAUGCGGCACACACCAAAACCAAAAGUAUCAUAAAGUUCAUAGAGGCAGAAAACACGUUUUCCUUUGAGCUUCGAGCAUUGAGCUGCAUUGUAAUUUAAACUAAGCCCGCGGAACGUUGACCCGCUGCUCCAGUACACUACAAAAACUGGCGGCUCCAUGGAGCGGAGGUCUGCAGCUGGAGGUUGGAGGCGGAGGAGGCCCAAAUGGAGACCUGCCAUGGGUCGAGGUUGCUGCGCUUCCUCGUUGCAUGUGGCUCGAGGCCCCGUCUUCAAAAGAAAAAAACCCCUAUAUUAAUCUGAUAUUUGCCGGUACGUAUUCACAGAAAUAUAAUUUUGGCAUUUUCUGUUUUACAGAGAUUUAUGGAGGCGAUCAAAAGGAGUUUGGCCAACCAUUAUGGCAGUGAUCCCAUCUUAAACGAUCCCCCAUCUGAGUCAUCAGCUGUCUGCUGCUUAGGAGUUUGAUAUAUCCAACGAUCUGGGAUCGCCAUCCGCCCCCUUUUCGCUCACCUUCAGCUCGUUUUUGGGGCUGCGAUGUUGCGUCUUCGGCUGGCAACUGGCAACUUGCCACUUGCAAUGUGCAACUUCAACUGGCGGCGACAGCAGCAACUUGCAACUUGCAUUGGAAAUUCGCGUCUGGGUCGUUUGCAAUUGACGCCAGUUUUGUUUACUUUGUUUUAGCCGCCUUUGUGCCCCUUUUCCAUGUGUCAUCUGCCCCUUUCCACCGAUUUCCAUAUCUAUGGAUGAGUUUGCAAGUUGUGUAAGAGAUGCUGAUGCGGGGUUUAUUAUACCGCUGAAAUUGCACUUUCGUCUGGUGCCAUCUGCAAUUAGUAAAGUGUGACCACGCCCCCGAAAAUGUCCCGAAAUACGCCCCCUUUUUGCAGGGCAUCUUAAUGAGGGAGCGGAAGGGAGGAGUUUUCGCAUGUUAAUUGCAUUUUACGGGAGCUGAAAAAACAUCUGCAAUAUAUAGGUAUGCAGGUGUUUAGGUUUGAAAGUUGAAGUUAAGUCACUGAAUGAUCCAUAUUUAGUGUGUUAGAUAAGCAAAUCUCACUUUUGUGAGGUUGCAUUAUAUAUCUCUUUUCAAUUACUCACAUUUUUUUUUGAGGUUUUCUUUUAAAGUAGGUCAUAAAUUUAUUUUCUAUAAUUUUUGUUGUUGCCUAUUUUGUUUUAAAAUUAAAAUAGUGAAAUCUAUUUCCUCGAAUGUGUUGCAGACAAUGUAAAAAUCAAAGAUGUUGCAUAAAUCGAAUUUAUGGUGAUGGCUUUUACAAUAAAAUUUCGCACCUAUGCUAAAAAGGAUGUCCCACUUUUUACACCCUUGUCUGUGGGUAAUUAAAAAACUGAAUAAUGGCUUACGUAACACUUAAUCAUUGUUGCUGAAGGUACAUUAAAAAAGAGUAUUGUAUUAGAUAUAAAUCUUAUUUUAAUGAGCUACUGAUUAUGUGUAAGUGGACAUUUAAUUGCUUUUUUGCUAAUAUAGUAGUUAAUUUUUCCUUUGAUCAACUUGAAAAAUUACCAUAUGGCACUUUUCCUCCAUAGAUCUUCAUCUUAAUCCCAGCCUAACGAAUUGGACAUUUUUUUGACCAUGUUUUGGAAUUGGCAUUUUUGCUGCGGCAAUUUUCUGGUUUCCUGCGACUCGUGGCUGCAACGAAUCCGCCUUCGUCACGCCCAAAAUGAUGGAUCGACUGGCACUGGCCAGUUUGAUCGCCUCCGCCGCCGGGCUUUGUCAUCGUUUUGGGCCAAAUUGCCAGCGAUAUCCCCCAGAUGCAGAUGCAAAUCAAAUAAUGGCAUCAAUUGUACAGCGCCGCAAGUUGCAAGUUGGCCUGAUGUUGCUGCUGCUGCAGUUGCAUUUGCUGCUGCGGAUUAUGCAAUGGGAAAGGUGCAGCAGCAACUUGUCUGGCGGGAGAUGCGCAUUUGCUAUACAAACAAAUCGCUGGCCGACUACAAACUGUUGCAGAUGCGACAAUCGAAUGGAGUUGCAGUUAUGAGUUGUCUGCACUGCAGCUUUCGCCCGCUGCCUGCUGCCUUUUGCCACCCCAUCCCAACGUCGCAACACUAAAAGAUCCCAAAAGUAAGGCCCAUCGCCUGAGUCCGCCCCCCUGACUAAUGGCGACUUCGCGACGAUGAUGCGGCAGCAUUUGGCCCACAUUGCGCCAAUGUAGUGGCUCCCCCAGGUGCACUGAGAUAAAAUACCUAGUAGUAUUAUUUGUUAUUACAAAAAAUCGAAGAUCCAUCAAAUAUUUAGUAAAUACUUAACCUAUGGGAUUAAAUGUAACCACCUUUAGGUGCCCAAUAUUAGUAAGUUCAGGAUAUAAAUUAUACCUGAUAAUUGGGUUUCCUUUAAGAAAUAUAUACCAUUCUCAAAGUUCAGAAUGAUUUACUUAUAAAUCAAUGAAAUAUCUAUUAAAUACUUAAUAUAUCGGAGUUAACAUAAGUAUUUUGAGGUGCCAAGUAUACUAUUAAAAUAUCCCUGGAAAAGGGUUAAGUAGACGUUCAUUUUAGGAAUAUAUAUCUUGUACAACCGAGUGAUUUACUUCGGCACUUUUAAGUCUUUUUAAUAAUUGAACAAAUUUAGUAAAUAUCUAAUAGAUCGGAUUUGAGAUAGAAACUUUGGGGUGCCAAAUAAUAGUAAGUUCAAGUAUAUUCUUAGAUCUCUUUUUAAACUGUUAGAAUAUGCUUUUAGAAAUACAUAUCUGGAUGUCCAGAAUGAUUUAUUAUAGUUCAAAGAAACAUACUAAGCUUAUAGUCAAGUAAUUAAAUGGUAUACGAGAUCCCUUAAUCAAGGAAUUAAUUUGUACGUGACUCCAAACAUACAAAAAACAACCGUAUCAAUUACCAUACCAAUGUAUCUUAUUUUUCGCAGUGCCCCAGCAGUACCUCCAACAUCUGCCAACCACACGGUGAGCGUGGAAAACGGUUUUUCCUUUUGCUUUCUGGCAGAGCGAAGCUUUUCCGGUUAAUGUUAUGUUGCCUGUGGUUUGGUAUAAAAACUCUGGCUGCCAUCGGUGGUCAUGUCAGUUGUGGAUUCGCACUUAACCCACUAGUUAACCCAAACGGAGCGUUCCAAGCGAUGAAAGUACGGCUCGUCGCCUUUGUGUGUCUCUUGCUCAUUGGAGCGGCCAGUGUGACGGCCAAGCCGAAGCCCGGCGGCGGAGGAGGCUGGUCCUCCGGCGGAGGAGGAGGCGGCGGUGGCGGAGGCUGGUCCUCUGGCGGCGGAGGAGGAGGUGGUGGUGGCCAUGGAGGCGGAGGUAGUGGAGGAGAUGUGCAGAUCAUUAAAGUGAUCACGGAGAGCGGCGGUGGCGGAGGUGGAGGAGGCUGGUCCUCUGGCGGCGGCGGAGGAGGAGGUGGUGGCUGGUCCUCUGGAGGCGGCGGAGGAGGAGGUGGUUGGUCAUCCGGAGGAGGAGGUGGUGGUGGCCAUGGAGGCGGCGGCGGCGGUGGCGAUGUUAAGCUCAUCAAAAUUAUAAGCCUGGGAUCCGCUGGCGGCGGCGGAGGAGGACAUGGCGGUGGUGGAGGAGGAGGUGGCUGGUCUUCAGGAGGAGGCGGCGGCGGCGGAGGAUGGUCAUCAGGCGGCGGAGGAGGUGGUGGUCACGGAGGUGGCGGCGGCGGCGGCACCAAGGUCAUCAAGAUCAUCAAGCUGAGCUCCGGAGGCGGCGGCGGUGGCCACGGAGGCGGUGGUGGCGGAGGAGGAGGCUGGUCCUCCGGCGGAGGCGGCGGCGGUGGCGGUUGGCAGCCCGCCGGAGGUUGGGCCUAAUCCCAGCCUGGAAUCCCAGGAAGCCACCAUCGAGGCAAUCCGCGUCCACUCUUGUAAAUACUGUACAUAUCCAAGAAGCAUUUAUUUUUUUUGUUAUUUUGUUACCCUGCCCCACAGAACUGUUACUAAAUUAAGCAUGAGACUAUGUAGCAAAUGGCAUUUGCCUGAAACACACAAUUUGUAUAUUAAAUAAAUGUACCCAAAACUGUUAA